ACUGCCACAACACCUUUUCCGUCAACAGUCCAAGCAUGUUCUCCGCCAAGAGCUCCGUACUGAUAGCCUUGAUCCUUGUCCAGCUGGUUGCCCUCAUUCAGGGUGGCAUCUACAGCUUAGAGGAUAAGUGGGUGGUUGCGGACAAGACCGUAGACCUUCCUGAGAACGCGGUGCUCGGCGGUUUCGAUCCCGAGGGCUACUACAACUACGUUGGACGUGUGGUGUAUAGCAGCAAUAUCCUGCCCGCUCGCGUGGUUCCUGAGCUGGGAAGGGCCAACUACAACACGGACACUUUGGGCAACCAGGGCACGUCCUACGAAGUGCUGGUGGGUAAUGCCACCGUUAGCUACCACUGGAUCCGCAGCUUUGAUGGCUACCGGGAGAAGAACGCCGUCUCCGUGGGAACCAACGCCGCCAACGACCGAGUCUUCAUCUGCCGCGUCCGCUGCGAUGAGGCUCUCUUCAUCGGAACCCUGUACCUCUCCAAGCGAAUGUGCAUCGUGAAGCACGAGAACCUGCCACUCCGCCAGUUUGACAAAUACGAGAUCCUGGUCAGGGAGCGCCAUGUGAUCGACUACGUUCCUUACCUUGUGUAGAUCUGCAUACUGGGCUCCAAGUGAAAGCUAAUAAAAUAAAUAUUUAUUGAACAAAAACA